CGAGGGAAUACUAUGCAUUGCGUAGAUUAUAUAGAUAACCCUCACUCUUCUCACGUUUCGUUCUCACUCUCUUCGCCGCCGCCAUCGCCGUCGCCAACCACAGCACCUUUACUCUUCUCUCUCCAGGAACAGUAUAAUCUAUCUUUUGAUAGUUUUAAUUUGAAGAUUUCAGCAUGGUAUUUCACUGAUGCUAUCAUUAAUCUCUUAGUAGGGACAUAAUUGGUUUUGCUCCAUACAAGAUGAGAAAAUCUAAUCAUUCGAAGCAGAAGCAUGGAAAAAGUAAUAGGCUUUCUGAGGAUAAUUGUGAUGAAGAGAGUGCAGCCCGUACAAGGCCAUUUAGUUUUGAAGAGAUUAUGCUUAGAAGAAGAAACAGAGAACUGCUUGAAAAUGUAAAAGACCCCGCACGUGGAUGUUCUUCAGAGAAGAUUUCUGAUCAUUUUGAGCCUGCCAGAAUCUAUAAACAUGAUAAAAGUGCAUCCUUUGGCAUGGAGAAACAUGCUACGGAGGAACUAGUGAAAGUAAGUUCUAGAAAGAAGGUUGAAAGCACCUAUGUAAAGGUAGAUGAUUUAACCGAAGGGAAAAGUAGAGCAAACCAUAUUUUAGAAACUAAAUCAAGUGCUGGAUUAAAUAAUAAAGGCAGGAUAACCAAAGAAAAGACUGAAAAAGAGUUUUUUGGUUAUAGAAAAAAUGAGCGAAUUCAUGAUACUUCUGAGUAUAAAGCUGGAAAUAAGCAUUCAAGAGGUUCAGUAAAUAAGGAUGGUUAUGCAGAAGCAAAUAGAACAAAAUCUGAAAGGAAAAUAAAGAGAAAGAGCCACAUUGGAGAGGAUGAGAAUCCUAACGAGUAUGUUACUGAAAAGAGGCAUGACAGAGAUAGAGAUAAUCGGUGGAAAAUGAAAAAGUGGUUAAGCAAUGACUCUGAAGAAGCUCCUGAAAAGAAGCAUUAUAGAGAAUCGGAUAGGGAUAGUAGACAUGCAGAGGGUAGAGCAAAAUAUGAAAGGGAAACAAAGAGAAAAUACCGAAAUGGAGAUGAUGAAACUCAAGACAGGAAUAUACCAAUAAAACACGAUGCUAUGAAACAUCAUAACAUGCACAAGGAGAGGCGGGAAAAGGUGAAGUCACAUUAUGGAGAAUUAACAGCAAAGAGGAGACGUUCAAGAAGUCGAGAGCGCGAGGAUAGAAAGUCCCCUUCAUUUUCACCAAGGGAGCAAAAACGUACUUAUCAAGAUGGAGAACGUAAAGAGUUGACUAUGCAUUCCCUGAAAGAUAGUUCUAGAAAAAAGCAUCCUGAUAUUGAUCGAAAUAGAGUAUCAACUAAUGGUUCAAGUAGUCAUCAUCAUCGACAUAGUAGCUCUACAAGUGGACUUGGUGGGUAUUCACCAAGGAAAAGGAAAAGUGAAGCUGCUGUUAAGACUCCUUCACCAUCUAAGCAUUCUCUUGAGAAGAAACGUGCUGGAUGGGAUCUUCCCCCUGCAGGGACAAAUAAUCUUUCUCCUGCUGUUGUUUCUUCAAGUUUUUUAUUAUCAACUUGUGCUGUGUUUUCCAACACGCAUGAUGUGGUUUCAACUAAUUCUCUUGAUCUAGCCCUCGUGAAGCCUCUGCCUGUAUCUUUUCUGAGUGAUGUAUCAACAGGGAAGAAUACCAACAUUGAUUCUGUUCAAUUGACACAAGCUACCCGGCCUAUGAGAAGGCUUUAUCUGGAGAAUAUACCUGCUUCUGCAUCUGAGAAAGCUGUGAUGGAUUGUUUCAAUAACCUCUUGCUUUCUGCCCGUGUAAAUCAUAUCCAGCAAGCUCAACCAUGCAUCAGCUGUAUUUUGCAUAAGGAUAGGGGCCAAGCACUUAUAGAAUUCCUUACAGCUGAGGAUGCAUCAUCUGCUCUUUCUUUUGAUGGCAGUACACUGUUUGGCUCCAUUGUGAAAAUUAGACGCCCGAAAGACUAUGUUGAAGUUGCAACUGGUGAACCAGAGCGAGCAGUGGAUGAUACUGCUGUCACAAUAAGUGAUGUUGUAAUUGAUUCACCUCACAAGAUCUUCAUUGGUGGAAUUUCGAAUCAUCUUUCUUCCGAGAUGCUUAUGGAGAUUGCUGGUGCGUUUGGAUCUUUGAAGGCUUACCAUUUUGAAACCAAGGUCAAUGGAUCAUGUGCUUUUCUCGAGUAUGUGGACCACUCUGUUACAAUCAAAGCUUGUGCGGGUUUAAAUGGUAUGAAGCUGGGAGGGGAAGUACUAACAGUUGUUCAGGCUAUGCCUGAUGCAUCACCCUCGGAAAAUGGUGGUGAACCACCAACUUAUGGGAUUCCAGACCAUGCAAAGUCACUGCUCAGAAAGCCAACACAAGUACUAGAGAUUAAAAAUGUGUUCGCAGCAGACUCUAUUUUGUCUCUAUCUGACAUGGGAAUUGAAGAAAUUUUGGAUGAUGUACGAUUGGAAUGUGCAAGAUUUGGGACUGUUAAAUCAAUUAAUGUAGUCAAGCAUAAUAGUGACAAGAAUUUAGCAACCAAAUUAAAAGAAUGUGAAGUCAUAGACCAAGUGGAUUCUGAAGUUUCUCAAGACAGAAACUGUAUUACUAAUAAUACAGAAUCUAGUUUUUCUGACAAGGCUACUUUCCCCAAAUCUGAAGGAACAAAUGGGCAGGAAUUCCAUGAUGACAAAGAGUUGGAAGGAGAUAAAAUUGAUGGUGGUAGCAGUGCUAAGUUUGAUGAAAAUGCUGAAGUUUUUGACAAUAAAUCAUGUCGAGAACACAUUGUUAGUGAGACAGAAGUUGAAGAUGUGGGCGGUAGGAGCAUACCUUGUAGUAUCAUUCAAGAAUGUCCUGAUCAACAGGAUACACCCGAUGAUGGGCCAGAAUUUCAUGAUAAAAUGGUUGCUAACGAUAUUGAUGAGGAUGUAGAAAAUAAGAUGGUGGGGGACAAUAUGGAGUCAAAAGACACAAUUUCUGCAUUUCAGGAUGGCUUUUCUGAACGAGAUGCCAGUUCAGAAUUGGUGUGUCCCCAGAAGGACAUGGAUGUGGAAAAUGAUCUUUAUGGUCAUGUAUUUGAACUGGGUUCUAUUUUUGUGGAGUAUGGAAGGGCUGAAGCCUGUUGUUCAGCGGCACAUUGUUUGCAUGGACGAUGCUUUGAUGGCAGAAUGGUGACAGUGGAGUACGUUGAUCUCAGUCUAUACAAAGCAAGAUUUACAAAAUGAGCAUUUGAAAGUAAGUGGUAACUCUUGGUUAUAUGUUGAGCAUGGUAUUUACAUGAUUGUGCAAGAAUGGGUCAAUCAAUCGACUGGGGACAGUUUUUCAACUCAGAUUUACGCUGCUGAUAUUUAGUAUUAACAUUUGGAGUGGGUAACAGCUUAAUUGAGUAAUGACUAUUUGAGAAAAAUGCAGUAUAGCAUACAUCAAGUUUGUAGCUACAGACUAUCUGAUGGAGAUUUGUUUUGCAAAUUGGGCAAUGAUGAAAAAUUGUUUCGUUUUAACUGUGGUUAGACUUUUAGCAGGUGGUCUCAUGCUCUUAGGUGAUAUUCCUACGUACAAGGUUCUGCUGCAUUACAAACUGAUUGUUGUAUCGUAGUUAUUUUUAGGUGUUGGUUACAGGGCCAUACUUUUCCCAAUAUUUGUUAAGAAUAUUAACCUUCAAUCACCAUAACAUUACACAGCGUUUUUUUUUUUUU